AUGGCUCUCACACCCUCGCAGCGACAGCUCGUCGCUAUCUCAGUCACGGAGCGCGUCUGCUCUGCCAUCUCGCUGGUUGGCACCUUUGUUAUCAUAGCUAGUUUUAUCAGCUCUCGCUCAUUUCGGAAACCGAUCAACCGUCUCGUUUUCUAUGCAUCCUGGGGCAAUAUGAUGGCUAAUAUAGCGACCAUGAUUUCACAAUCGGGGAUCCAGGCUGGGGCUGGUAGCCCCUUAUGCCAGCUCCAGGCCUUUUUAAUUCAGUGGUUCAUGCCCGCUGACGCAUUGUGGACCUUUGCCAUGGCGUGCAAUGUCUAUCUAACCUUCUUUCACAAGUAUGGCUCAGAGCAACUGCGCCAAAUCGAGUGGGUGUAUGUCGUGUGCUGCUACGGCCUCCCCUUCAUUCCAUCCUUCAUAUACUUCUUCAUCCACACUCAUGGCAGAGGCCGGGUCUACGGCUCCGCAAUUCUUUGGUGCUGGGUCGCCUUGCCAUGGGACUACCUCCGCAUCGCCGUCUUCUACGGCCCUGUGUGGUUCGUCAUCUUCCUCACUUUCUCCAUCUACCUGCGCGCAGGAUCCGUCAUCUACCAGAAACACCGUGAGCUACGUAACCUCAGCGGUAUUGAGUCCCUCGGCUCUGACACGCAGCCCGAUGCCCCCCUCGUCAUACGCUCGGGUAUCCAUGUCACCAGCGAAUUUGCCUGCCUCGCGCCAGUGCACCGGCCCGUGUCAGCCAGUGAUUUCCCCACCCGCAGCUUCACAGUCUCCUCGUUUAGCCCAUACUCCGUCUCGAUCGAGGGCGGCCCGGUCGAUCCCUUCAGCAUGCUGCAUGGCCCAGGGGAAAGCUCCGCUCCUACUCAGGGUCUGAGUCGGCCCCAAUCAGACCCAACCCCGCUCCGCACAGAGGGGUCUCCCAAAUCGGCGCGGCACGAAGGCGGGGACUCGUAUGCGCAGCGGCGGAAGGCGACAGAGGCGAGCUCUGCGGCGUGGGCAUAUACGAAAUACGCGAUGCUGUUCUUCAUCGCGCUGCUUGUGACGUGGGUAGGUGGUUACAUUCUUAACUCAAUUCAAUUCAAUGCAGCGUCCAAGUCUAAUCUGGUACAGGUUCCCUCCACGGCCAACCGAGUAUACGCGUUUGCUCGCCCCAAUGACUUCUCGUUCGGGCUCAACUAUGCGUCAAGUUUUGUGCUUCCUUUGCAGGGAUUCUGGAAUAGUCUUAUUUACGUGUCGAUCUCGUGGCCGGCAUUUAGAACGCUGUGGAGGGAUCUGCGAGGCAACUCGAUGGGGUUGGGAAACAUUUAG